UCGACGGGAAGCGAAGAACCUCCAAGAUGGAUCGUCGGGAAAGAAAUAACAGUAAUAAUCAUGCUACUAGAGGCAAUAGCACGCCGUCCGCGGGUGGCAAAUGGGCUCGCAUCGCAGCCAAAGUGAGUGCAGCCCAGAGCAUGCAUCCCGACGAAGUGAAGGAGAUGACGGCGCACUUGGCCUCUCAGACGAGGAAGAUGAAGAGGGACCUGCGCAUCGUCGGCUGCGAGGUCGGGGAGAAGAAGGCUCUGCUCGCAAGCAACCUCGAGACGAUCCAGGUGUACCGGAAGCGACCCUACGUGGUGGCGGCGGUUCUGGAGGUGAUCGCGCCGCCCAGCAUGAAGGAGGGCGUGAUCCCCGGGGCCUGCAGAGACGCCAGCUACGUGCCGAUCCGGACCGUCGUGAUCAGUACCUCGACCCUCUACACCCUGUUCCUGCCUCUGCCCGGCCUGGUCGACGCCAAGGACCUGAAGCCCGGCGACCUGGUGGCGGUGCUGAAGGACACAUUCAUCAUCAUCGAGACCCUGCCGAAGCCCCACGACCCGAGAGUCAUCCGCAUGGAGGUGACGGAGAGGCCGACGCAGACGUUCUCCGACAUAGGAGGUCUUCAGAAGCAGAUCGAGGAGUUGAAGGAGGCGGUCAUCCUGCCCAUCAAGCAGCGGGAGCGCUUCAAGAAGAUCGGUAUCAGCCCCACCAAGGGCGUGUUGCUGCAUGGUCCCCCGGGGGCAGGGAAGACCAUGAUGGCUCGCGCGUGCGCAGGCGAGACCAGCAGCACCUUCAUUCGGCUGGCGGGCCCUCAGCUGGUGGAGAUCUUCCUCGGCGACGGAGCCAAGAUGGUCCACGACGCCUUUGCUCUGGCCAAGGAAAAGGCGCCGUCUAUCAUUUUCAUAGAUGAGAUUGAUGCUAUCGGGACGAAGCGGUUUUCCAGUGACAAGUCGGGGGAUCGCGAGGUACAGAGGACGAUGCUGGCUCUUCUCACCGAGAUGGACGGCUUCACGAUGAACGAUACAGUGACGGUCCUGGCCGCCACCAACCGCGCCGCCGUGCUGGACCCCGCGCUGCUUCGUUCCGGAAGAUUCGACAAGAAGAUCGAGAUCCCCCUGCCCUGCGAGGAGGAGCGCUACGAGAUCCUCAAGAUCCACAGUCGCAAGAUAAACUGCCGGGAUGUCGACCUUAGGGAAAUCGCGCGGACGGCCGGCGAUUUCAGCGGGGCGCAGUGCCGGGCUGUGUGCGUGGAGGCGGCCAUGACCGCCUUACGUCGCAACGCCUCGACGGCGACCCACGAGGACUUCCUGGCCGGCAUCGUCGAGGUGAGCGCUCGCAAGAAGAUCGUCUUCAGUUACGUCAGCUGAGUGCGUGCGAGACGGCCCCCACCACUCAAAAAAAAAAAAAAAAAAAAAAAAAAAAAAACGUUUUCGGAGCGGCUGGACAAAACCAAACCAAAAAUAAGUAUUAGGUGUGGUGGAAAAAUCCCAUUCGGAACGGCUGGUAAGAAAAAAAAACGGUUGGAAAACGUUUUAAGAACGGAUGAAAAGGAACGAUCAAAGAACGUUUCAGGAACGUAUGAAAACGUUUUAGGAACUGCCGAAAGAAAUUCAUUUUGAGAUGAAAGGAUUUUUCUUUUCUUAUUUUUCUUAGUGUUGUUGUUAUGGUAAUGUCUUAUAUGUUUGUUUUAAGUGAG